AUGGAUGCCAAACCUACUAAAUCAUCAGGGAUGAGGUUUAGGACUAAACGAGCCUUAUCGGCUAUACUGGUCUGCUCUGGGAUUUUUCUGUUAUGGUAUAUGUAUCAAUACACAACUGUACAAGACUUAUCCAAAUUCGAGAAAACUGUGGGAAACAUACGUGUGUUUGAUAUAUCGGGAAAGCAUUUUUUCGAACAUGUCAACGGAUCACCUGAUGUCUUACGUAUUGCUCAUUCUGAGAAACAGUCCAGCCUGCUAAUUCCGAGAACCGCUUUUCAACGUUAUGAGGCUUACACUCAUCUAUAUGUUUCCGAUAAGGACCAUUUCUUUUCUAUGAACAACUCAAAAAUUGAAAUCCCAUUUGGUGCAUUCCAUGUUGGAGACACCCUAAAGGUACGGAUAUUAUUGUAUGACAGAAGUGGAAUUCCAAUUCCGACAGGAGGAGACUAUGUUAGAAUAUGGUUGAGAGAAAAAUCAACCAAAUCUAGUGUAAAUGGUUAUACAGUUGACCAUGGUAACGGAACAUAUACAGGAGUAGUAACUUUGCCAUGGGCGGGGUCACCAGAGGUCAUCGUAUCCAUGGGCAACACACGGGAACAUGUGACGUUUUUCUUGAAUACUACCGAAACACAUGGGUUGCUUUUUGCGAUGAGAUCACAAUUUAUUAGCUCAGAUGAAAAACACAAGGAAAGUUCAAAGUGUAGCCCGUUACUUCAAGGUCUGAAAGACUGUUACACAGGACAAGGUUGCAAUUUAACGGGAGUAAAUUUUGGAAUACCUUGGUAUUGUUGCCAGCCGAAAUCAAAGCAUUUGACUUGUAGUGACAUGAAGAAAAUCAAAUGUAACGAUGAAACAAACUUUUUGACGAAUGAUAUGAUGUUUGUAUCAGAUGUAAGACAUGUCCGAUUUCCCCCGGUGAAAAUUAAAGUCAGCGACGGUAAGGUAUCAAGUCUGAAAUCUCCAUCCGUCACAUGCUAUGAUCGGCCCCGAGUUGACACUUGGGAAGAUUCCAACCCUGCAGGAUACUAUUUUCACAACCAGUGGGUCAACCUACACUGUACACCAAAGUUCCGGUCCGGAAGUUAUACGUCAUGUUUUAAAAACAAACACUUUGUUGUGUUAGGAGAUUCCAACAGUAGAGGGACAUUCGUACAGCUAGUCACAUUAUCAAGGUCGACGUUUAAAACAUCAAAAUAUAGAAAGGGAGACCACUGGCAUGAACUCUUAGAGGCUGACAACAGUGACUUAAAUUUGGAACUAAUGUGGGCUCCGCAUAAUGCUCCAUUGUUUGUUUUGGAUUUUCAGACACUAGACACUAUGCGGUCAGUAGGAUCCUGGUUAGACGAAAUAGCGACUGACCGGCCAUUAGUUGUGGUCAUUCACUUUUACUAUCACUUGACGAAAGCCACCAUUGACGUGUAUAAAGCCAUGGUCAAGGAUGCGCGCGCAGCUCUGAUAAGAUUAUGGAAUAGAGCUCCUGACACAGUUGUUUUUAUACAAGGUCCUCAUUCAAUCACCUAUAAAGCUGUCCUGGAACCGCUUGAUUACAUACGAAGAUGUUACAGCCAAAUUUGGUAUGAAGAAUUGGAAGGAUUUCACGAUAAGAUUGUUUAUCUUGACUGGUGGGAUAUGACGGCUGGAUCAGAAAACGUCAACGUGCAUCCUUCAGAGGAUGUUCAAAUGGAUUUGGCACAAGUGCUUAUGUCAUAUUUAUGUCCAAGUCAUUGA